GCAUGCUUCUAAACGAGAAGCACGGAGUUGGACUUGCAUUGGCCUUUGUACGAGGAGACACGUGGGAGAUACUUCGCAAGGCGAGAUACGAUGCUGACAGCGGGCUGAGACCGCUGGUGCCGCCUGCAUGGGCGGAAUCCUGCCGAUAGGAGUGGAGGGCUCGCGAGUGAUAUAUCUUUGGAUUAUCAACAUCACGAACAUUGUCAACUUUGACCUCCUGGUCUACAAAGCUUUAUUCAUCCUACUAACACCUAAUUCCGUGAUGAUGUUCGCUGACUUGGACGAUCAAAACCCCUUACAGCUUCCGAUGGACAUGUACGGUAACAUCGCACAGAUUUAUUCUACAGCCAGUCUCGUUCGACCCCGCAAUAUAACAUCCCUGAUCGGGCAGGAGGUCUAUCCGGCUGCACCUCCAAUGUGACGUCGUUUAUCUGCUAUCCACUGUCGUACGUAGUACUUCCAAAUGGCGAGGUACAAUGUUCAUCUCGCUGUCGUGACUUUUUUCAUCUACUCAAUGGGCUUCCCCGCUCAAGAA